AGUCUUUGCAGUUCAUUUGUGCUGCUCGUUUCACUGUGUUGUGUUGUUUAACUGUUUGAGUACUGAAUUUCCUUUUUAGAGUGCACUGAUCAUUUGAACCAUUACAUGGAUAGAGCUGAUUCCUUGGUACCAAGUCUUGCUUGUUUUCAAUUCUACAGAAGUGGUUCAACUUGCAGGAUCACCACAUUCUUCAUGUAUAUGCCAAACCAAUUUGCACACCAAUAAACUGACGAUCAUGGGGGAUAUGAAAACCCCAGAUUUCGAUGACCUGCUUGCUGCAUUUGACAUCCCAGACAUGCAGGUCGACCCAAAAGCAGCAAUUGAGUCUGUACAUGAUGAGAAUGAAGGACACCUGAAACAGAGCAUCCCCGUGGAUGAGGAUGCCCAGGUUCCCUCGGCCCCCGACGGCGUAGUGAGUGUGAUUGUGAAAAAUAUCCGAACGCUUGACUCUUGUGAGGCUGUGACUGCGACAACAGAAACCUCGACUCUAGACAAAGAAAACCAUCAUUCUUCAGGCAAUGGCUUACACAAUGGCUUCCUUAGUGUGACUAACUUGGAUGGGUAUUCUAAGGAGUCGGACGGCAAGUCAGCCAGGUGUGAAGGCUCCCCAGGCACUGAAGCGAAACUAGAUUUGUCACAAACUGAGACCAUCGAUGGCUCUGGGGCAGGAAUCAAAGAGUCUGCAUUUAACCAGUUCAGCCCCAUUUCCAGUGCAGAAGAGUUUGAGGAUGAUGACAAAAUAGAAGUUGAUGAUCCUCCGCACGUCAAAGAGGAGAGCCAGCCGGUUUUUCAAGCAAAUGUGCAUCCGGGUCCCCUUGCCGAGCGAGAAGGUGAGAAGCCGAGGAAGCCAGGAGUGGAGACCGUGGUCAAGCAGGACGCACCCAUCCCAGAAGCUGAAGAAAAGGGUAAGGUAUUGAAAAGCAGCAGAGAGUGUGAAAGCCCCGGUGUUAAUUCAGGGAUUCGUGAGACAUUUAAAGUCCGAAGUGUGGAUGAGAAAUUGUCUGAUGAGGGUGCUGAAAAGAAUUUUAAAAAUUCUGCUGAGAAGCAACUUGAUAACAGAAUCCUCGAUGGCAAAAGUGGUGAGAAAACUGCAGUGAAUGUUACUUGCCCUUCAAACCUUAGGGCUAAGUCCUCCUCCAAGCUUUCCUCGUGCAUUGCGGCAAUUGCUGCUUUGAAUGCGAAAAAGGCUGCAGCAGAUAUCAAUAAGGAACCCCAGUCUGUCUCAAGAGGGCCUUCUCCAGUUUUAAAAGAACCUCGAGAAAGCCCUAGAGUCACUGAAACGUCUCCACAGGGCCCUCAGAGCCCAAUGGAAGUGGUGAAGAAAGUUGCCAUCAAACAGCCUGAUAGUCCCCGGAGCGUGUCAAGUGAAUGUAGCAUGAAAGGGUCCCCUUCCUCUCCUGCAAGCUCACCACCCGCAAUCCCCAAGGUCCGCAUCAAAACCAUCAAAACGUCAUCUGGUGAAAUUACCAGAACGGUGACCAGAAUCAUGCCAGAUGUUGAGCAAGAGCUUGGUAGAAGAGGACCAGAACAGGCAAGUUCCUUGGUUGUCUCGUCACUUUUGUCAUCUCCACCUACUGAGUCUGCUGUAUCCUCGCCUCCUACGACACCAAUGCAAUCGGCUCUUGUUACAGCUUCUAAUUCGGUAAUGUCUCCUGACGUUGCUCAGAAACAGGUUACAAUUAAACCUGUUGCCACUGCUUUCCUUCCAGUGUCUGCUGUGAAGACGGCAGGAUCGCAGGUGAUCAACCUGAAGUUUGCCAAUAACACUACAGUCAAAGCCACCGUCAUUUCUGCUGCCUCAGUUCAGAGUGCCAGCAGUGCCAUCCUGAAAGCUGCUAAUGCAAUGCAGCAGCAAACAGUGGUGGUCCCAGCAUCCAGCCUCGCAAAUGCCAAACUUGUGCCAAAGACUGUCCACCUUGCUAAUCUUAACCUUUUGCCUCAAACUGCCCAAGCGACUUCUGAACUUCGUCAGGUGCUUUCUAAAACACAGCAGCCCAUAAAACAGGCUCUAAUCACUGCUGCUUCCACCCAGCCAACUAAAAAAGUAUCUCGAGUUCAUGUGGUGGCCUAUUCCCAGAAUGCCGUGGUUGAGACAUUUAAUAAGGUGCUGAGCAGUGUAAAUCCAGUCCCUAUCUACACGCCUAACCUUAAUCCUCCAACAAAUGCUAAUAUUAGUAUACCACUUCGUGGAUACAAAUGCUUAGAAUGUGGUGACUCAUUUGCUUUGGAGAAAAGUUUGGCGCAGCAUUACGACCGGAGAAGUGUGCGGAUUGAAGUCACGUGUAACCACUGUGCAAAGAAUUUGGUCUUUUUCAAUAAGUGCAGUCUUCUUUCUCAUGCUCGUGGGCACAAGGACAAGGGUGUGGUUAUGCAGUGUUCUCAUCUGAUUAUGAAACCCAUUCCUGCGGACCAGAUGAUCAUCCCUAGUUCCAGUAACAGUGUAUCUUCCACUACUAUCUCUGCACCAGUCUUGACAUCUGCAGGCAGUACUGCCAGCUCCGUAGCGAAAACUGUUGCAAGCAUACCCAGUGCGGUGAUCUCUGCGCCUGCCAAUGCUCCCAUUCUCCCAGCAAUGCCCCUGGACGAGGAUCCAUCAAAGCUUUCCCGAUAUGGCAUGAAGUGUUUGGAGUGCAGUGAGACAUUUCUGGAUGAGAUUUUACUUGCCACGCAUUUCCAACAUGCUGCAGAAGCAGGCGGACAGACGUGUCAUAUAUGCCAGAUGUUACUUCCCAACAAGUGCAGUUUCUCAUCGCACUUAAGAAUACAUCAGCACAAGUCUCCAUACACAUGUCCGGAAUGUGGAGCGAUAUGCAGGUCCUCGCACUUUCAGACUCAUGUCACCAGGAAUUGCCUGCACUACACCCGUAAAGUGGGAUACCGUUGUAUACAUUGUGGUGUUGUCUAUGCUGACCUAGCUGCCCUGAAAUCUCAUAUCCAAGGUACCCACUGUGAGAUCUUCUACAAAUGUCCUAUCUGCCCCAUGGCUUUCAAGUCGGCACCAAGUACUCAUUCACAUGCCUACACACAGCACCCAGGCAUCAAAAUAGGAGAAGCUAAAAUAAUCUACAAGUGCUCCAUGUGUGACACAGUGUUUACUCAGCAAACCUUGCUGUGCAGCCAUUUUGAUCAACAUGUUGCUAAGCAGAAAGUAUCAGUCUUCAAGUGCCCAGAUUGUGCAUUGCUAUAUGCACAGAAACAGCUCAUGGUGGAGCACAUUAAGACUGUGCAUGGCAUACUCAAGAGUAUUGAGGGUCCUCCCAACCUGGGACCUCAACAACCAUUGGUCACAAAACCAGUAACUACAUCAGCAGGACAGAACAAAACUGAUGGGAAUGCUGUAAAUGGCACUGAUCGGCUUGGGAAGAAAACUUCAGUGGUUGUGAGGAAAUCUGGGAGCCGCUCAAAAGCAAAUAACCCUGGUUGGAUGUGUCAAGACUGUGAGGAAUGGUUUCCUGAACGAGAGGACUACAUUUCUCAUAUGAAAAAAGACCAUGGAAAGCAAAUGAAGAAGCACCCAUGCCGUCAAUGUGAGAAAUCCUUCAGCUCUUCGCAUAGUCUCUGCCGGCACAAUCGCAUCAAGCAUAAAGGCAUCAGAAAAGUAUACACAUGCUGGAACUGCCCAGACUCAAAACGUACAUUUACCAAAAGGUUUAUGCUGGAGAAACACAUUCGACUCAUGCAUGGUAUUAAAAAUCCUGAUAUGACGCAGAUGACGGAGCCAACGACCAUAAUGGAAUCCCUAAAGAAAGAAGAGAACAAGUCUUGUUUCCUGCAGAUGCCGCUACCACCGAAGCGGAAGUUGGAGGAUGCAAUAGUGGAGCUUAGACCUCCCCCCAGAGGAGCCAUUACCCAGCCUUUGAAGAAGCUGAAAAUCAAUGUCAUCAAACUUAACAAAUGUGCUGUAUGUGGCUUCACCACAGAGAAUGUAACUCAGUUCCAAGAGCACCUACCCCAGCACAAGACUGAUGGCUCUACCUUCCAGUGCAGGGAAUGUGGCCUCUGUUAUACCUCUCUCCAGUCUCUGACCAGACAUUUGUUCAUUGUCCACAAGAUGAAGAAUGCCCAGCAAGUUGCCAGGCAGAAUGGGGCCAGGGAGGAGAACGCAGCAGACAGCAAAAUGAGCCUGGAAGAUAAUCAGGCUGAGUUGAUGCUCACGGACAAAAAGUGCAAAGUUUGCUUCAAAACAUUUGAAACUGAAGCAGCCUUGAACACACACAUGCGGACUCACGGCAUGGCUUUCAUAAAAUCCAAACGCCUGUGCACAUCAGAGAAAUGAGGAGCAACUCUCUUGAAGUAACAGUUAGUUAACAAACAGUAGAGGUGACUUCAUGCAGAAGGGACUGUUUUGAUUGGGACAAACUCCCCCUUGUUGCAGUUUUUAUUGGAAUGUCAUACAAACCCCUGUAACACCUCACCUGUACAGACUGUAUAUGUUGUCCAGCAUCACUUCUAAGCUCUAAUUUGAUUAAACGAAAAACUCAACACCUUUGAAGGAGCACACUUUUUUUUGUACAGUUAUGAUACAUAAUUACUUCAUGUUUAUGCUGCAUAACAGAGUUCUGUCAUCACAAACCUUGCUCAUUUUUGGUCACCAUUUCAUGAAUUUGUCUUCAGCAUUGCAAAACUAAUGAUAUUCAUUGCAUUUAUUUAAAGAAAAACAAAGGGGAAUUGAAUUUCAAUUAACCAGAUUUUGUUAAAAUGUUGUUUACUUAUCUUAAGCUGCUUGAUCUGAAUAUUGUCUUUUUAAAUUAGAAGUUUGUUUUUGAUGGACCAAAUUAAACAGGGAUGUAUUGUAUCAUCACUGUACUUUGAUAAAUUGAUUUGUUGUUCAAAUAUUCAGUCCGUUGAAGGAAAACAAAAGGCUUCAGGAAAAUAACCCAAGGAGGAAUGUUUAGUGUUGGUGUCCAAGUCUGAAAGCCAUGAAUGUUUGUGGGCAACUUGAUAUUUGUUUUUUAAAAUGCUGACGAGUGUUAGUUUUCUUGCAGUUAACAAUGAAGGUCUUUUGAGAGUAAUUAGCAAUGUGGCUAGUAAGUGUGUAUGCUUGUGUGUAUUUACACGAGUGCGUGCUCAUGUGCCUGUCCAAGUGUGAUUGUUCAUGAGCAUGUUUGUGUGUGCGUGUUUGUGCACCAAUGACUAGGUGCCUGUCAUGUUUGUGUGUGCAUGUUUGUGCACCAAUGACUAGGUGCCUGUCAUGUUUGUGUGCGCGUGUUUGUGCACCAAUGACUAGGUGCCUGUCCAUGUGUGAUUGUUCAUGUGCAUGUUUGUGUGUGCAUGUUUGUGCACCAAUGACUAGGUGCCUGUCAUGCAGAAAUUGGGCACUUGUGAACUGGACUGCCACACUGGUUCGGAUUCUACUUAUUAAAAGUAAUAAAAUUUGAGUGCAGUCAUGCAAAUUUUGUAGAGCGGCUUUAUGCUUCCUGACAAAUUGGCCUAAGGUCAUUGGUUAUCCCUGGUGGCCUAUAAUUUUAUUUCAUACCAGUUCAAUCACCUCAUCAAGUCAUGGGUGGGUUUACACAGGCAUUACAAACUAAACAGGUCCAGCACCGAUCACCUUGGCUUCAGCCAUCCAGAAGAAAGUUUUAUCUUGGAAUUCUGAUACCGUGGAUACAUUGCAACUGUCAAGCAUGUCCAAACAAUAAUCCAUUGGCAACAUCAAACUGGAGGUUUUAAAAAUCUGUUUGUUACUGCUUGAUUGUCGGAGAACUGUAUGGACGAGCCUGAAAAUCACCGUACCAGACUGUACUGCCAGUCCAAUGGGUAAGAAAACAGACACUAAAGAAAAUACUGAUGUAAGUAUUUUGUAUGUGGCUUGCAAAAUUCCAUAUGAAGCACCCGGGUGCCCCUUAAAUGCAAAUAUAAUCUUAGACACAUUUGGUUUAGGCUAUCGUAAUGUACUAAAUUGCUUUAAUGUCUCCUACAGUAUAAUGGUGUCACCCAGUGGCGAAAGUUCAGAAAUACAGCUAAUAAUAUUCAAAUUGAUGAAGAAAUAAGCAAUAAUGAAAGCUUCUAAAAAUUGCACAACUAAAGGCUAAGAAAAACAAAGAGAAAAUUGGCUGACCGAUAAUACUGAAGUUAAGACUGGUGUUUUCAGUGUACACUUGAAUCUUGUAAGAGUAAGCUUUAAAAGCUGGUGAAAAUACUUCUGCUAUCUUUACUUGGUAAACUUUAACAUUUUACGUGGCACGGUGAAGCUGCUUUUUUUUAAAAACAAGUUCCACUUUAAGAAUCAAACAGGACAGACAACAGGAAACCAAACGAGGCUGAUGAUAAUUUUUUCUUUAGUAUUAAUGAUUUUGAUUUAUUUUGCACAGUUUGGCAUUUUCCUGUAAUUAUAGAAAAAUAUUUUGACAGUAUCUGCUGAUUUAAUUAGAUUUUUAUGAAAUCUGACGAGAUUGUUUUCCUGCAGUAAACACUUUUUGAUUUAAUUACUACAGGAUGAUAUAACUCUUCCCAAUUCUAAGUGAGUUUGAUGGUCAUCUCUAGUCCUAUGAUAGUAAUAUGGUUCCACCCUUUGUCUGGUAAAGAGCUUCUUUUUCUCUCCAAGAUUUUCUGAGGUUAUUGUGAACUAUCUGUUCUGUGAGGGUAGAGUAGAGAAAGACACAGUAAUGAUUUCAUGCUACACCAUAACUAUCUGUAGCAGAGCCAGGAAAUGAUUAAAGAGUAUUGUUGUAUUGCCAAAUUGCCUUAUAGAAUGCAAUUACGUGUUUUUAAAUGAAAGAGAAUACACCGAUACACAUCAUGCUGGGCACAAAUACUGUUUUUCUCCUGGGUUUGAUAGGGUAUUAGAAGGACUGGGGUAUAGUGUAUGCGUAAAUUGUCUUCACCUCUGGCGAAUCUGGGUUCGGAACCUGAAUUGAUGGAUUAUCCAUUUGCUUUAUCACCUUUAACAGUCCAAUGUGAAAUAAUUUCAAUCUAGUGGUCUUUUAUGUGGCACUUACAGUCAUUAAAUUAGCAGUUUUAGUCAGAAGUCUGGAAUUACUAAUUAAUCACAAAAUGCUGAUAAAUGGAAAUAGCACAUUGAUAUUUUAGGAGAGACUACUCAAAGUUGGGAUAAUAGCACACAGUUGUCGAAAAUAAAGGAAGUGUCACUGAGUUUAAAACAAAACCAAAUAAGUAUUGGCAAAAACUAAAGUAAUAAUAGAGAUUGUGAUGUAAUAGUUUGAACCAUCCAGAAGAAAAAUUAAAUUUGAUAAAUUCAAUAUUUUUAAGUAUAAGAUCUAGAGAUUUCUCAUCUACAGUGCAAACCUCUCCAAACAGAAUUAACACACCAAGAUUGUCAAAGCAGAUUAGUCAGGAAAGCAUUGAUCAUGUCCUUUUCAUUUCAUGUGUUGCUCAACAUUCCAAUUUACCUGAAUUUUUAGUAUUUUAUUUUUAAGAAACUGCAGCUGCCAGACUCCUUGUUGUUUGGCUAUCCUGUACAUUUGGUUAUUCUGGUUCUCUGUAGUUUAACUUUCAUUUUGUCAUGAUAACUUGUAAAAAUACUGAACCCUUUCUAUUAGAACUAAAAGUAAACCAGAUUUGCUGGUACACAGACAUUAUAAAUGGAGUGCUGCAAAGACGAUGUUCGGAAUGGAUCACAUGAAACCUGUUUAGAAAAAAAAUCAAGAAUAAUUAUUAAAUUGGAUUUUAUCAUGUUGGAUUUGGUGUACAAUAGGUGAAUGUUAUAUUUUUGUAUUUUGAUUGUUAUAAAUUGUAGAAUUCAAAUGUUUUACUGCAAUAUACAGAUAUUCAGCCUGGAAUGUAUUCUCCAAUGUAUUUUUGUUAAAAUAAAGAAGUACUGUGCCAGGGAA